CUUCUUCAUGUUGGCCUUGCAUUAUUGUAAAGGUCUUGUUUCACAAAGUUUCUGUCCCUCCAAUAUUGAGGACUCUCACUGUCUUCCACAGCCUCUGGACUCCACAACCAAACGUCAGAACUCCACCAAAUGUUUCCACCACUCCAUGGUUGUCCACAACCACUCCAUCAUCCUCAAGUCACCAUCUGCUUGCCCAGUCUCCAACACUCCCUGUUCAUGAACACACAAUAUUUUACAAACCAUCUGUUCAACUCCGAUGGACUCUCCUCCAAGCCUUCAGCAGAUUCUCCAUUCAGAUCCAUCUCUCUUGUCAAAAGCAUCCGUCUUUAUGUUCUACGCCUCUUAACUCCUACACUUUUCUCAAGAUGGUGCCGAAUUCAGAGGGCCAAAUUUCCCUUCAUUGUACAUUUUCUUCUGUUUUACCUUUUCAUUCUGUGUCCUGCUUGUCAUUCUGCAUGUGAAACAUGACAUUAUAAUAAUACUCUCACCAGCUUCAUCCUGCCUCUUCAAGAGGUCUUUAGUUUUUGUUCAAGGGUGAGCAAGCACAUUAUGGACCUAAAUAUCUGCUCCUCUGGGACACAUCCAGUAUUUUUUUCUGAACUGCAUAAUGACUGGGAAUUCCCAUUUUGUUUCUUCUUGCAUAUAAUUGUUUGAACAGAUGAAAGUGGCACUUUUUAGUUAUCUGUCAAGUGUACUCAAGGAUGAUGCAGACUUGUGGAUGUCAAGAAAUCCUUUCCAGUGACAUCCACAGUUAUGACACCAUUUAACUCAUAUUUGGAAUAAACCCAUCAAAAGCUUAAAAAGCUCUGGCAUCAUUAUGAGGGAUUUCAUAAAUUCUUAAAUGGCACAGUAAUAUGCUAACUUUUGAAUUACACAAAAGUGCUAAAACUUCUGUAAAGCAGACUCUACAUUUAUUUUAGUAGCCUGUAGAAAAUAGAAGUAGAAAACAUAUAGUCGAAUUUAAUGUCAGACCGAUAGAAACGUCGAGUUUCCAUUGUUAUUGUUUUAUAUUGCCUGUUGUUUGUUCACAUGUUUAAGAAACGUGAAUAUUUGUCUAGUGAAGGGGUUCUACUCUGUUACUUCAUGACACAAACAAGUUUGGUGUCACUUUGGAUUGACAACCUACAACCUCAAAAUAAAACAUUCAAACUAGUUUUGACUCAGUAGGAUAUUCAAAAAGCAUCGGAUAUACUUUUAUUUAUUUUUCUUUUACCCACAAUUUUAUUAAAAGCAGCUUAAUUCAGGAAUGCCUUCAAAAUACAAUCAAUAAAGGGGAAAAAAAAUAAAUAAAUAAAAUCCCAGCUGGAGGUGCCAAGGUGAGGAGAGAUGUUGUUUUUCAUCUCGGAGCCCCUCCGUCACUCACCGCCUUGCAGCCAAUAGUAAGUUCGCCUUGGUCGGACCGACUCGCCGCGUGCCGCUCCGGUCCCUCCUCGUGCUGUCCUCGCCGUGCACGCGCGUGGUACCCACGGUCGUGAGGAAGGAGGAGGAUGUUGCGCGUGAAGGGGAAAUGGCUGCCGAAAACAAGCCGGAAGGACUGAAGAAAGUUCGUAAUCCGGAUCGAAUGUACAGAUCAGCAGUGUGUUAUGCUGGCCAUGGUCCACCUAAGAGUAUCAGUGAUGACACAGAGACGAACAAUGAACAUGGACAUUUGAAAAUAUACCUGCCCAAGAAGCUGCUUGAAUGUCUACCAAAAUGCACGUCGCUGCCGAAGGAGAGGCACCGGUGGAACACUAAUGAGGAGAUUGCAGCUUACUUGAUAACAUUUGAAAAGCAUGAAGAGUGGCUAACGACAUCCCCUAAAACAAGGCCGCAGAAUGGGUCGAUGAUACUGUACAACAGGAAGAAGGUGAAGUACAGAAAGGACGGCUACUGCUGGAAGAAGAGGAAAGAUGGGAAGACCACGCGAGAAGAUCACAUGAAGCUGAAAGUGCAGGGAGUUGAGUGUCUGUAUGGCUGCUAUGUCCACUCCUCUAUCAUCCCCACCUUCCACCGCAGGUGCUACUGGCUGCUCCAGAACCCAGACAUUGUGCUUGUCCACUAUUUGAAUGUUCCAGCUAUUGAGGAUUGUGGGAAACCAUGCGGACCAAUCCUGUGCUCCAUCAAUACAGACAAGAAGGAAUGGGCCAAAUGGACCAAAGAGGAGCUGAUUGGACAGCUAAAGCCCAUGUUUCAUGGCAUCAAGUGGACUUGCAGCAAUGGGAACAGCAGCUCUGGUUUCUCAGUGGAGCAGCUAGUGCAACAGAUUCUGGACAGCCACCAAACUAAGCCACCUCCCCGGACUCACAACUGCCUCUGCACGGGUACCCUGGGUGCAGGGAGCAGUGUACACCACAAAUGCAACAGCGGCAAACACCGUAUCAUCUCCCCUAAAGUGGACCCCCGUUCUGGGGGAUACAGCAGUGCACACUCUGAGGUCCAGAACAAUGAUGUGUCUGAAGGGAARACCGAACACAGUGCCCAUGGUGGAGGAAAAAGCUCUGGGGGAGGAGGAGGAGGUGGCGGCAGUGCCAGGGAGAAACGCAACGGCAAAGUCCACAAGCCUGUCCUCCUGCACCAAAACAGCACAGAAGUGUCGUCCACCAACCAAGUGGAGGUCCCUGACACCACGCAGAACUCCCCAGUGUCCAUCAGCAGCGGCCUCAACAGUGACCCAGACAUAGCAGACAGCCCCGUGGUGACAGGGAUGACCCAUGUUCCGUCUGUCAUGUCUGGCCUGUCCCAGAGUGUCUUCAUGUCUGAGGUCACUGGAGACCCUGUCUAUAGCAUGUCUCCAACUGGGGGUCCCAAUGCUCACCUGAUGGGUGCAGAUGCCACUUCACAGGGCUUGGUGCUGUCCAUGACUGCUGAUCGACACAAAUUUGCCUUCCCYGGAGGAGGAGGAGUAGGGGAACCUGGGACCACCACGGCAGGAGACAGUCUGUCCAUGUUGUCGACGGCAAGUGUGUCUGAAGAACUGGUGCUAACCAGCAGUCUCGAUUCUGGAACCAUCAAGAUUCCAGAGACCAGUAUGAACUUUGAUCCUGACUGCUUCUUGAACAACCCCAAACAAGGCCAGACCUACGGCGGCAGCGCGAUGAAGACAGAGGGCAACUCCUCCUCAACAUCUUCUUCCUCCAGCGGCAGCAGUAGCACCAACGGGAGUCUCCAGCGCUCUCCCAACAUGUCAGACAAUAGCUACCCCUUCAGCUCAGYUCUCGUAAAGAACAUCAAGACGGAAGACACAUCAUUUGAGCAGCAGAUGAAAGAAAGUGGUUAUCAGGUCGGGGCAGUGAACUGUGGUGGUGGGGUGCCAUCCGGUGCUGGAUCAGGUCAGGGUAGUCUUAGUCUGACCCCAACAGGCUCACUGCUUCCUUCAGGAGGGGGGCUUAGUCCCAGCACCACUUUGGAGCAGAUGGAUUUUAGUGCCAUUGAUGCCAAGCAAGAAUAUACUUCUAGUGCUACCACAGUGAGCUAUGGUCAGGCCAUUCCUAGUCCACAUAUGCAACACCAGAACCGCUCGCCCAGUUUCUUCCUUCAGGAUGCUUCUCAAACCAGCCAGACGCAGCAGGCCAGGUCAAGCAUGGGCCAGAAAUCACAUCUUAUGGAGCACAACUCCCAUGACACUGGAGCUUAUAUGGGAUUGCAAGUGGUAAAAACUGACUCCCCUUCCAGCAAUGGCCACCUUCAUCAUCACCACCAGAGCCAGACGCAACACAGGGCCAAUUGUAAUGGAGGUUCACCCACAGAGGGGUCCGGCCAAGCGGCUUCUCUCCAGCUGCUGCAGUACCAGGGGCCCUUUCCUGGGCUGGGAACGGAACAUGAAGAGGUUGUUGGUCUAGAACAACCAGGUAAUGUCAACUCAGCUCAGACUGGAGCCACAGAGAAUGGUGGUGAGAACCUCCUCAAGCCAGGGGAUCACAUUCAGGUCUGUGGAGCAGCGAACAGAGAGGGAGGGAGACCAGAGCACUACAUGCAACAGGCUUCAGAUGGUAGCAACGGAGGGGCAGGAGCUGCAGGUGAAGGAGUAACAAUGCAUAAUGGAAACAGCGACGGUAGCAACCGCACCCAGCAGCUACAGCCUCUCCUCCAAGGCACAAGUAUGGUGCAAGGACUGUACAAUGCAGUGGGAGCCCAUCAAGGUCUGACUGGAGCAGCUAGCAACGGAGGAGCUGGUGGAGCUGGCAUGGAGAUCAGUCUGGACCACUUUGACAUAUCCUUUGGAAACCAGUUCUCUGACCUCAUCAAUGACUUCAUCUCAGUGGACGGCAGUGGAACCACCAUGUCUGCUGGAGGUGCCUUGUAUGCUCACCAGCUAGUCACAUCUCACAACGCUGAAAAUCAGAACCCAGCCGGCGGGCCCCCCCAGCAGGGCCAGGAGGACGGAGGAGCCAGAGGCUCAGGCUACAGCCCCUCAGAGCUCUGCCUUCAGCCUUGCUGCAGCCCUCAGUCGCUAAGCGGAGGUGCAGGAGCAGGAGGCAACACCGGAGAAGCUGGAUCGCUGUCCUACAUGAAUGUUGCAGAGGUCGUCUCUGCAGCUGUUGCCCAAGGGGCUUUGGGGAUGUUACAGGCCACAGGUCGCCUCUUCAUGGUCACUGACUACUCCCCUGAGUGGUCCUAUCCUGAGGGUGGAGUGAAGGUGCUGAUCACUGGCCCAUGGCAGGAGGCCAGCUCAAAUUACAGCUGCUUGUUUGACCAGAUCUCYGUCCCSGCCUCGCUCAUCCAGCCAGGGGUGCUGCGCUGCUACUGCCCAGCUCACGACACAGGUCUGGUGACGCUACAGGUGGCCAUCAGUAAUCAGAUUAUCUCCAGUUCUGUGGUGUUCGAGUACAAGGCUCGGGCUCUCCCAUCACUGCCAUCCUCUCAACACGACUGGCUUUCACUGGACGAUAACCAGUUCAGAAUGUCAAUCCUGGAGCGCCUGGAGCAGAUGGAGAGGAGGAUGGCGGAGAUGGCCAGCCACCAGCAGGCAAGCAGUGCUGGGAGUGGCGGCGCUGGAGGAGGAGCAGGAGGAGGAGGCGGAGGUGGGGGAGGAGUGGGAGGAGGCGGCGGAGGAGGAGCCGGAGGAGGGAACAACAGUCAGUCACAGUGUGCAUCUGGCCAGACGCAGGCCAGCAGCUCCUUUGAGAGCCGUGUUGUAGUGGUCUGUGAGAAGAUGAUGAGCAGAGCUUGCUGGGCCAAGUCCAAACAUUUAAUCCACUCCAAGACCUUCAGAGGGAUGACACUCCUUCACCUGGCUGCUGGCCAGGGCUACGCCACCCUCAUUCAGACUCUCAUCAAAUGGCGUACUAAGCAUGCUGAUAGUAUUGACUUGGAGCUGGAAGUGGACCCUCUAAAUGUUGAUCACUUUUCCUGCACGCCUCUGAUGUGGGCGUGUGCGCUUGGUCAUCUGGAGGCAGCAGUCGUCCUGUAUAAAUGGGACAGGCGGGCCCUUGCCAUCCCAGACUCCUUGGGCCGCCUGCCCCUGUCAAUUGCUCGCUCUCGUGGCCACACCAAGCUGGCUGAGUGUCUGGAGCAACUGCAGAGGGAAGAGCAGCAGCCGCCCGCCUCUCUACCGCCAACGACUCGCAUGUCUUUCUCCCCRGCCCCAGAUGCGCCCACCUCCGAYAGCUGGAUGGUCAGCUGGGCAAAUGACAGCAUAGUAGCACCUGGCAGCAAGAAAGGAGGUCCUGCUAACACAAUAACCACACCCAGCACCACCAGCYCCAACCCAGAUUUAAGAAGGCCAAGAUCAGAACCUUCUAACUGCUACAGCAGUGAGGGCCAGAGAGAUCUCCCAUUGGCUAAAAAACAUAAACCCAACCCGGAAUUAUUUCAUAAUCGACCAGACAAGCCCAUGUCUGUUCCUCUGAGCCUGGAGCAGCAGCAGCUCCACAAACUGUCCUCCAGCACUAAGAGCAUGUCCGCGGAGGGCCUGAGUGCUGACAAAAGUCUGCCAACAGGAGGCAGCACUGGGACAACCAGGUGGAGCUCCAGAGAAAGUUUCUCCCACAGCAGCAUGGGGAAGAAAGCGCUGGGCAUCAGUGGAGGCAGCAGCUUAGGAAAGGAGAAGCUGGUCAACCGACUGCGGCAGCGGGAACAGCUGGGCAUGCUGGUUAUGGCGGACAGAGAAAUGGCAGAUUCAGAACUGCUGUCGUAUCGAGAGGAUCUSGAGAACCAGGACUGUCUCACGCAGAUGGAUGACCUGCAGGUAAACAUGAUGACUCUGGCAGAACAAAUCAUUGAAGCAACACCAGAAAGAAUCAAAAGGGAGAACUUCAGCGCUGCGGACUCUGGGCCUUUAGACACAUCGGCGGUCAGCACCACCAUGAACUGGCUAGCCAGCUACCUGGGAGACGURGAGCAGCUGCCAAGCAUCAUACACCUGCGAUCUCUGUACAAUGAGCCACUGACACCAUCACCUAACCCUAACCUGAGUCCUCGGGGGUCUCCGCUCAGAGAGGGCCCGAUGGAGCGGACCGCGGUUCCUUCCCCGUCCGACUGGAGUGAGUUCAUCAACGCCUCCAACAGCAAAGUGGAGCGAGACCUGGCCCAGCUGACUCUGUCAGACCCAGAGCAGAGAGAGCUGUACGAGGCUGCCCGACUGGUCCAAACUGCCUUCCGCAAGUACAAGGGGCGGCCUCUCCGGGAGCAACAGGAAGUAGCUGCCGCUGUUAUACAACGUUGCUACAAGAAAUACAAGCAGCUAACAUGGAUAGCCCUAAAGUAUGCACUUUAUAAGAAGAUGACGCAGGCCGCCAUCCUUAUCCAGAGUAAAUUUCGCAGCUACCACGAACAGAAGAAGUUCCAGCAGAGCAGGAGGGCGGCUGUGCUCAUUCAGCAAUACUACCGCAGCUACAAGGAGUUUGGGAAGCUGAAGCCCCAUCACCGCGGGGCUGCUGCCGCCCUGGUGCAGCACAAACUGAGAGGGAGUCUGCUCUCGAAGAGGCAGGAUCAGGCUGCCAGGAAGAUCAUGAGGUUCCUGCGACGCUGCCGCCACAGCCCCUUGAUGGACCAUAGACUGUUCAAGCGGGGUGAAAGAAUUGAAAAGGGCCAGGGAACAUGAGACCCCUCAGAAGAGCCCCCUUGCGAUGUGACAUCACUCUCCUGACUCCUCUUUUCUUUUUUGUUUGUACCUGAGACAUUUUACAACAGAACAAAAAGAAAAAAGAAAAAAAACAUCGGUUCAAGCACUGCUAUUAUUACUACUACUAGAGCAGUGUUACUGGUUCAACUACUAUUACGUUGUACGACAGCUAUUUUGUUUUUUUACAUGUUUAUUCUUUCCACUGACUUGGUGACUUCAACAGCAUUAUGAACUCAAAGAACCGGGGCAACGGGUGCAGAACAUUGGCUUCAUGGCAUCUUUUGCACUUUUUCAUGGACUGCUUUUUAUUUUUAUUUCUAUUUUUUUGCUACAAAGAGGUUUUGGACAGUGAUGAGAGACGACGGAGGACAGGCGGUCGGUCAAACGUGAGGAUCUCGAGAGAUGGAAGUUAGGGCUGUUGCAGAAAAUCUCAAAGGACAAGGAGACCAUGCAGAAACACUCUGGGCUCUCAUUGUAUUUCAUGGUUACUUUUUAAGACCAAUAAAUUCACUCAAAGACAGAUUUUUCUUUUUUUUUUUUUUAACACCCACAUAUACCCCACUUUCCACCCAAUGCUGGUGAUUUAACGGUAUCCAUUUAAACUUAGUAUUCUGUCCAGUCCUACUUUGCUCGACCCCACCAGUCCGCCCUCCUGGGUGGGGCUACAAAUGAAUGUAGUGGGGUUCAAACAUUCAUGCUGAAGCAGAUUGGGGAUAAAACAUUUUCUUUUAAAAAGAUACUAUGCUUUAUUGUAUAUAUAUAGUCCCUUUAUUACUUGAAUUUGUUUCAUAUCGUCUAAUGUACUCCUUCCAUUAUGUCCAAUGUAUUGGUGAGCUGUAUCAGGCUAUAUGUUGUUAAAUCCUACCAAGAGAAAAAAAAAUGCAUGACUUCUAGACAGAAAAAGUCUUUGCUUGUGUGUUUAUGGUCUAGCCCUUUGGUCUUUCUUCUGAUUUUCAUUUUAUUUCCACAUUUCUCUUCAUAAGAGCCGUUAUUAUUUCUGUAAUUAAGCUAAUAUCUGUGUUCUCCCAGUUAUUUUGUUUCCGUCUUGGUUCCCCUCCCAGAGGGGAACAAAAUGUCCUUUUUUUUUUUUUUUUUGUGUUGUAACUCUUGUAUUCAUGCAGGUUGUUCUUGUUCUUUUGAGUUGAACUCCGGAGCCUCUGCAGGCUUUUGAGGGGAAAAUCACAUACAUUGCCUUGACGUCUUAGAGAUUCUUUGUGGGGUCCCUAAGCUUGUCCCAAAAUAGGGGUUUGACAAAUCCAUAUUUUUUGACAAUUGAGUGAUUUCUGUAUAUAAAAGAAGGCUGCAAGUUAUGUAGGGGAAAAAAUGAACAUGUUCCCUUACAGGGAUUGUAUUUUAGAAAUAUAUUAUUUUAUUCAUUAAAAAUGGGUCGAAAACAGGUACAAGACAAAAACAGAAUAUUUGUAUAGUUUUGUUUGAAUGCUUAAGAAGUAUGGUUCUAUUGUUUGUACAUAGUGUAAAUAUCUGGGAUAAAGAUGAGCUAAGUGCAUGAAAAGUAUGAACAGAGUUAAAAAGGGGGGGAAAAAACUAAAGCAGUAGUGGCUAUGCUCUGUAAAAUUAAAAAUAUUUCACUAUUAGAGUAUUUUACUUUAUUUUGAUUGUUCCGGAGACAAACAUUUUGCUAAAGCAUGAUAUUAUUGCAUAUGAAAAAGUAAAAAAAAAUAAUGUAUUUAGUGUUAGGAGAGGUCUUUAAAAAUUAUCUUAAAUCCACUAUAGUUACUUUCAUUUUUUUGUCAUUAUCUGUUUGGUUUGGGCUCCCAAGAAACUUUUGCCAAUGGUGCCAAGGUAUACGAUUGCUAUGAAGCUUAAGAAUUUAUUUAAGUCCAUUUUUGCAGAACAGAUAAUCAUACAGUGAAAUACACGCUAAGGAACGAAAACCAUAACAUCCCGACUGACUGAGGAUUGAAGAAAACAUAAAUGUAAAGGGACUCAUUUUCAAACGAAGGGCAUUUUAGUGUAAGUUCAUCAUAUUUCCGCCAUCCAGAUGCGCCGUAGAGCAUUGUUCAUCUCCUAAUAUACCACAUCAGAUAUGUGCUUGAUUUUUGUUGUCAGUAUAAAUGGAAUGUGACGAUCACAGAGGUAUCUUGUCUGAACUCAAAGAUUGUAAACAGAUGCCUUUCCCAUUUGGACCCCGACAAAGCAAACACAGGUGUUGCUGUUCUUAUCACUGAAACAGACUGAAUUCAUCACCUCAGCUGUGCAACCUGACGCACUGAGCUUUGAUUUACUAUUCAUAGAUUGAGGUUUGUAAAAUGAACGGCGAUUUGACCUUUUUUGCACAGCAUGUGUGUUUUUUUUAAGAAAUGUUUCCAGUAGCGGUUGCCAAAGGCAGAUGAAUCCUGCAGUGUUGUCUUGGUCUGUUGUGAAAUAAAAAAAAAUUAGAGCCAUGAUAAAUCAUUUUUAAACUUUCCAUCAGAAUUACAAGCUAUGUAGAAUUCAACUGAAAAACAAAGACUUUCUUUUUUAAAGUGAUGAAACUGAAUCAAAAGUUCGUUCAACAUCUUGACUUAACAUUAUUUUCCCACUCCAAUUUGCAAAAUGUCUUCAAAUCUCUAUUAUCUUUUCCACAGUCCUCAUCAGAUGAUCCCACAGAUUAGUUCAGGACUUUGGCUGAGCCGUUUCAAAACUAUCUGAAGAAAAGAAACCCCACGUCAUGAUGCUGCCAGCACCAUAUUUUACCGUGGGAUACUUUUGGAGUCGUGUAAUGUUCUUUUUUUACCAUCCAAACUUUUUGGAAUUGUGGCACAGAAGUUCAUUUUUUGUUUUUUGUGCAAAUAAAUAAUCUCACAGAAGGUUUAGGAAUGUUUCAACCAGGACUGGAUGUUUUAUUUGACAGAAACCCGUACAGUUUACAAACUCCACACCUCAGUCCACAAUUAAAAAGAAUCUAGUAGCUUUUAGCAGCACCUGUUUGAAAUUCCUGAAAAUGUUUCCUGCGCUCCUGUCAGUCUUUUAUUUGGAACCUUGAACACACAUCCAGUUUUUGGGAUGUUACUUCCUAUAUUUUCUUCAGUUACUGAUCACUGCCCUCAUAGGAAACUAGUUUUUACACAGUUAUUCUGAAAAUUUGGCAAAUUAAGGUUUAACUUUAACUUUUUUCAUUUCUUCUGGCAGGAAGUUUUGAUGUAAAAUCAAAAGGUGCUUGGAGAAAGUCUUAGUUUAAGGAAACACUCAUGAAACAAUUACGUAACAAAGUAGUUUUUCUGUUGAAUUUCACAAGAGACGGGUUACAUUAGAGGAUGGGAAAGUUUAGAAAUAUGCAGCAUGAUUACAUUUUUUUUUUUUUUUUUACAUCACACCAACAUGGCUGUUAAACAAGGUUGAGUGAAUUUUUAUGAGAAGGCUGUAUUAAACAAAAACUGGAGUUGGAAAAACUGCUAAAUGAACGAUGCUCAUGUGAUUCUAGGAAACACUGGAUGAUCUCAGACAUGUCCAUGAAAAGUCAAUAAGCUAAACAUGACUGUAAUAUACUUAGGUGUAAAUUAUAGCACUAGCCUCUCUUGUGACACACUGGACAAUAUCAAAACAACAUAGGAUGCUUAGAAAAAUAAUUAGAGCCUUUUAGGUGCCUAUUGGCUGCUGUCUAAUUCUUACUCUGCCAGAAAGUGUACUCUGUAUCCAAACAUGUGAAAAUUCAGCCAAGUGCCACUGAAAAACUUGAUUUUAAUUUGUUUAUUUUUAACAUCAUUAGGAUCUAUAGAUAUUUCUCUGAUGUUCUGGAACAACUGGUUGUUGUCGUGUUGUUUUCCAAAUCACCUGAUGUGUAAACUUUAUUUGCAAUGUUUAUGUAGAAAGUGCCUAUUCAUGUCCUCAUAACACCAGUUGCAGAAUGCAUUCAGUAUCCCUGAUCUUGAGGGAGAACAUCACACGAUCAACCACCACCGCACCAUUACACUCGCUCCCCUGAGCAGUAGAAGUAGAGCUCUCCAGCUUCAUUUCCGUUUUUCUGCCUCUUCCAUUUUCUACUGGAACAGCUUGACUUUUUUAGAAACGCCACGUCCGGGGUUUGCUGCCUUGCGCUCAUACUCCGGUUUGUGGUCAGAAUGCAUAGCCAAUGCAAUGUUUUGGGGGGAAAAAAUGUGGGAGAAGGAUUUAUAAUGCUUGCAUGGUAAACUAGUUAACUGGGUGACUGAGCUGCACCUAUAGCAUGCUUAUUUUCUUUGGACUGGUAGUCAGAUAGACUUGAUUAAGACAUAAUGUUUGCAAAACAGUAAGCAGCUGGUUUGGUGUAUCAUAGAGAGGAGAAACGUGAUUGUAGGGGAGACGAAACCUGCAAACGAAGCCAAUGACCAGUACUUGGUAGCUACGGAUGUUUUCAUGGCAGAGCAUGAGGACAGACUUGUAUUUCACAACAGGUUUCUUAGAUGGGCUUUUUUUUUUGCUUUUUAUUGUUCAUUUAGACUCGGUCAGUGUACCACCAAACUCACUUCUAGGACAGAUGGACACAUAAGCAUUUAGCAUUGGUUAACCUCCCUUUUGUAUUUUACUCAGGGUGCCAAAAUGGGGAGGAGGAAACAGAGCAGGACAUGCAUUUCACAUCAGAGGAAGCUAAAACCCGAAAACACAAAUKGUUAAAACAACAUGGAACUGAAGGUUUCAUUGGACAAUGUUUAAAGUAAAUUAAUACAAUAAAUUUCCUCUUACUAACCUUGAACAGGUGGAGCCCUGAAAUGGACUCCAACCAAAUGUAGCUCUUGGAGACGAAUGACUUUUAUGAAGACCUGCGUUACUCUUUAGGCCUUUAAUUUAUUUAGGUGUCAAACCGUAGAGGGUAUUUAAGAUUAGGUGUAGUUCUAUGAAAACUGCAACUACAAAUCUUGUUUUUUACUGCCAUUUCUUGAGGGUGGGGUGACAGGCACACUUGUUUAGCACACAGCGUUUAUCAGUUUUAAGAUGUUCUGCAAAUUGACCUGAGAAUCUGCCUUUCCUCCUCUUCCUUUUUCCGAAGCACCCAAACCGCAGAAAGGUAGGCUCAUCAGGGCAACAGAACAGAAACCAGUUCCGCAGUAUGAUCCACGUGUUGACACAGAGCAAUAAAGAAAUUAUUUUGUGGAGCCCUACCAGGCCUAGCAAAGUUUAAAAAUGACUGGACACGUGUAGUCGACUUACUCUUUAUGCAAAUGCCAGUAUUGCAAGACAAGCAUUCAGUAGUUUAUUGACAGCAAUUAUAUGGCACCCUUUACCGAAUUGCACGUUUUCAUCAAUUCCAAACUGAAGAGAAGAAAAAAUGGCCCUGCUUUGAUAGAAAGUCAUGGGUUCUCGACACUUUGCAUGUGAACUAGUGUUAGAUCUCUUUUCCUCUCCUCUAUAGCUGUCUUUCUCUCUGUCUUUCCCUGUUAUGUGACCCGAGUUUUCUCCGCUCCCCGCCCUUAGAAAAAAUGUCCAUCUCCUCUCGGUUCUCCUAAUGUGUUAUACUUUCCUCCUUUUUCUUCCCUUUUCUUGUUUGUAAGUUUUAUUUUUGUAAUUGUGCAUGUACAAGCGUCACUGACUCAAUGGAUAUGUUUAAGAAAAAAAAAAAAGAUAUUUCUGCUGCUGAAGCCAUGCAAAACAUUUUGAAUUGCCCUUAAAAUAUGGAAGAUGUUUUCUGAAUGCUUUAUAUUCUUUCUGCUGUAAAAUAAUAAAAAAAGGAGAAAAUGAAGAAAACUUGAGAACCUA